GGCCCGUAGCGGUGACGGCGGCAGCAGCAGCAGCCUGCUUUACAAGCCCGGCCACCCAAGGUUGUGCGCUCGUAUCAGGCAGGUAGGUGUCCGCAAGUUGCUUUGGACUUCGAGCAGAGUUGGGGGGGGGUGGAUAUAUGGCUCUUCCCCGCACACCUUUAUCCAGCUACCGGAUGUCCGUGGGAACCCACGCACCCUGCUCGUCCUGCAGACGCCCCCCCCCCUCUCUCCUGCUCCCCAGAAACCUGCCCCUCCCCGGACCUUCUCCAGACGCAGCUUCCCGUAACGUGCUCCUUUCAGGUCCCUGGCUAGGCUGUGUGUUUUGUUUCGGAGGCGUUGAGGACAGGCGAAGCGGCGGAUAAGAGCUGUGUGGAGGAAUCCAGCCAGGUGAGAAUCACAACCGUCAUCUUACUGCAGGGACCCUAACACCAACAGCAGCCAUACGGGGGCACAACUCGUACCUCGGGCACAACUCGUACCUCGGGCACAACUCGUACCUCGGGCACAACUCGUACCUCGGGCACAACUCGUACCUCGGGCACAACUCGUACCUCGGGCACAACUCGUACCUCGGGCACAACUCGUACCUCGGGCACAACUCACUCGUACCUCGGGCACAACUCACUCGUACCUCGGGCACAACACACGGCGACAUGAACUGCAAAUGAUGUUUAUGAGGACGAUACAUUGCGCGUGGAAUAACAGUUGGGUUUUCAUCGUGGGCCCCAUGCGCAUGGUUUUGAGCGGUAUUAAAAUCGCCGAAAGUUGCGUUGUGUCUGGGUUUGCGCUGACACUUUGAGCUUGUGUGUUUAGCAGCGAGCGGAAUACCUGUGUACAUUUAUUCCAAAGGCCACACGUUCACUAAGCCGAAGUCUUCAUCGUGUAGGAGACCUGCUGUUUUAACGUACGCGGAACGACGCGUCGGCUCGUGACACGCGUGAUUGAGGUUUUUUUUUUUGGGGGGGGGGGACGCGUGUCAUUCUCGGCCGUGAAUAAGUUGGCAAAAAAAUUUGUUUUAUGUGUUUGAUCGUGUCAAUGGUAUAUCAGUAACUCGCGAUGAACGAUCACGAUCCUCUCCCGAUAACGACGAGCAAGCCCGUGCAGACUCGGGAGGCAGAAAUCGAGCGCACCGUUUCAGCGACGACCAUCGCAAUCCUCCAUUUCACUUCCGUGGGGACACUGCGCACCGAGACCGCCUCAAUGAAGAAGAAGAAGAUGCGAAUACUCGGAACCGAUGGGGAGGCGCUCCGAGCCCCUCAUAGUUUUUGAACUCGGGCAAUUCCUCACCCCUCCCCCCGCCACUCCUGAAUCAAACAAUCCAUGUAUUGUCGUCUGAAGAACUUCCCUCGGCUCCCGUGUGCCUCGUGAUCCCAGUGAUGAGCGCCAGAGGUGAUGCAGAGGAGGAGGAGUCGCCUCCUGGUGGUUGCUGCGCCCUGCGCCGUGAGAUUCACGUGGGGGAAGGUGAUCUCGAUAACGGCGUUUCGGCACUGAUAACUGGGAACUCAAUGGCUGGAGAAGCCAAGUCGUUGAGCUGGUCGAGCUGGGGAAGGGUGUGCUGCUGCAUAGCCGAGCAGGCUUCGUGCCGGGUGCCGAGUUGAUUCGAGGAAGCAUGGCUGAGCGGGAGCUGGCUACGGAGCUGGGUUGUCUAGGGGGUGGAAUGGUGCUUGGGAACCGAGCUGUACGAGAGCUGAGAAGCCGAUAGACGCCGCUGAGCCAGGGAACUGGAUGAUGUGGAGCUGUGAGGCCGCAUUGUUACGACGCGUGGGCUCUUGACCAGACGAACCCCAAUCACGCGCUCCGCCGCGCCAACACGGGCGAGCAGCGCCUCCGAGACGCGCCAGCGAGCCUGAGUGGAAUGCGGCCGUCGAGCAGGAGCGUCCUCCUGCCAGACCCGGAGGAGCCUCACCAAGGGUCGUGAUCAUCCAGGAGCUGUUGCCCUCGUGCUCAGGGACCUGGGAUAUUCGGCCACGUCGCCUCUGCUCUACUACACCAGACGGAUUACUCACCACCCAUGCAGUUCUCUGAGAUGUGGAUGAGAGCCUGGGCUACUCAAGGUCAUGGCGCUUUCCUGGGGACCCUCGCCACCGACGGGCUCUAACCGGGCCACUCGGACGAGCACGGCCAGGCUUUCGGAUUGAGCCACACCAGGCUGGAGGGGGCGACUGCUGCACGUGGAUGGAUGACAUUUCCUGCAUGGGGACGCGCAGAUGCCUGGCGUGGAGGUGGUGCCGAGCUGCGCGGGCCGUGCGCGCUGCGCUGGACCCGGGAGACGGCUUCGGCUGCGCCGAGCUCGAGGGCCUCUUUCAGGACUACAACCUGCGACUGGAUCAGACGGGGACGCGCAAGGCCCUAGCAUUGCUGGCUCUCGCCUCGGCCGCCGUGGCCGUCCUGGAACUGAGCUCCACGCCGACGGUGGCGGCGGCCGCCUUCUCGAGCUCCGUGCCUUGCGCCGCGUUCCUCUUACUCUGGGCACUCGUCAAGACGAGGAGGCGGCUGCAUCGGUCGCAGCUGCGGUGCGUCGUGACGUUCGCCCCGCUCCUCGGGUUCGCCUUCGCACUUUCGUGCUGCCCGUUCCCGUGGCAGGGAGAGGCUCGGGUGCGCGUGUGGCAGGGCGCAUGGCAGGGCGCGCUCGUCUCGUUCGUGACGCUCGCGCUGCUGCCCGCGCACUCGCGCCCCGUGCUGCUCGGAGGGAUCGCAAUGGCGGUGGCCUACCUGGUGGUGAUCGCGUGGACCGCAGCCUCCGUGUCGGUGAUCGCUUGGCCCAAGCUGCUGGUGAACGCGGUGCUGCUGGUGAGCGCGUGCGCCUGCGGCGGAGCCGUGCGCAUCUUCACAGAGCGCGUGCAGCGCAGCACGUUCCGGCGCACGUGGGAGAGCGUCCGGCAGCGGCUCCUGCUCGAUGAUGAGAACGAGAAACAGGAGCGGCUGCUGGUGAGUCUGCUGCCGCGCCACGUAGCCAUUGAGCUGCGACAGGACUUCCUUAAGCCGCCCAACCACAUCUUCCACAAGGUGUACAUCCAGCGCCACGAGAACGUCAGCAUCCUGUUUGCUGACAUAGUGGGCUUCACCGGCAUGGCGUCGCAGUGCACGGCGCAGGAGCUCGUCAAGCUGCUCAACGAGCUGUUUAGCAAGUUCGACGAGCUCGCCACGGAGAACCACUGCCGCAGGAUAAAGAUCCUGGGCGACUGCUACUACUGCGUGUCCGGACUCGCCCUGGCCAAGGCGGACCACGCGCACUGCUGCGUCAAGAUGGGCCUCGACAUGAUCGACACCAUCGACCUGGUAGCGGAGGCCAUGGAGGUCAGGUUGAACAUGCGUGUGGGGCUGCACACGGGUCGCGUGCUGUGUGGCGUGCUGGGCCUGCGCAAGUGGCAGUACGACGUGUGGUCCAACAACGUAACGCUCGCCAAUGCCAUGGAGGCGGGCGGCCUACCAGGGAAGGUGCACAUUACGAAGGCCACCCUCGAUGGCCUGAGGGGCGACUAUGAGGUGGAGCCAGGCCACGGGCAGGAGAGGCACUGCUACUUGCGCAAGAACAACGUUGAGACGUUUUUCAUCGUCCCGUCUCGGCGCAGCAAGGCCUUUCAAAGGGACGAGCUGACGAACGUGCAGCUGGCAAAAAAGAUGCGUUUCAAGACGGUCUGCUCCGUCAUGGUGCAGCUCAUUCAUUCCCGCAAGUUGUUCGGCGCAGAGGUCCCAUUCUCCGACAUCAUGGGCCGCGACGAUAACAGGGGCCGUACGUUGCGCAUCUCCUCCCAGCGACCGCGGGGUCAUUUGGUGUUCUCCUCCUCGUCCCUGCUGCAGCAAGCCGACCCUAGCUCGCGCGUCAACCGCUACGUCCGGCGACUCGUCGAAGCUCGCAGCAGCGAGCGCCCUGCCGCCGACCUGCGGCCGCUGUCCCUCCGCUACAAGCAGGCCGGCCACGAACGACAGGCAGGUAGCCCUCGAUCUGCUUCGCGCGGCGGCCACGCACCGCGGCCACAUACGCACGCAAGGAAAUCGCAGUCAAGGAGUGCCGUCGGCCUGUUUGCUGUUUUUUUUCUGGGUUGAUGCAGGAAGGGAAAAAAGAGUAAAGAGGUCAAGAGACAUUAGGCUGCACCGCGUGACACGGCGUUGAUCCGUACAUUUUAUGUUGCAGACGAAAGUAGAAUAUGUACUGAAUUUGAGAUAUUGUGUUUCGCUCUUGUGUUGUUGGAUGUUUGUUGCAGUACCACCAGGAGCCAGACGCCCACUUCCACAAUGCGGUGCUUGUCUACCUCAUUAUCGACAUUGCCCUGGGCCUUGUGUACUACUUCCUUCUCCCUCUGUAAGUACCGCAAGCAUAAGCAAAUUUGACAGAUGAUUGAAAUGAAACGA